CUUUUACUUCCGUCUAGGACAGAUCGUUUGAGAGGACACUCGUAAAAAGUUCAAAAACCGAGAUCAAAUUUUUUACGAAUGGAGUUUCAUUUCUCGCAUCGAGUAGUGAAUUAAUAGGAUUCUCUACCGUAACACGUAACAUCAACACCUUCUGUUGAUAUAUACAAGACUAAAUUGGACCUUCACAGCAAUACAAACUGCAAGGAUUAAUACAGGUCGAUAGACCUCCUAUCCUUAUUACUGAAAACUGAGGCUGACCUAGAGAACUUGGCGGAAAUUUUGCAUCCAGGUCACCUAUAUGAUAAUGUCGGAUCCAGACGUUAAAAAGGCCAUUGAAGCACAUAGACAGAAAACUAUUAUGGCGAACCAACAAAUCAGCGUAUUAAAUUCUCAAAUAGAGUCGCUUAACAUAAAGUUCAGGCGGUCACAAUUAAUUGAGAGUGAAUUAGUGACCUUGCCUGAAGAUGUAGCUACUUACAAAGCGUGUGGGAGAAUGUUCAUCAAGAAGGCUAGGGAAACUCUAAUUGAAGAUAUAAAGAAGGACAGAGACAAGAUCACUGAUUCUAUUGAGACUUCACAGGUAAGAUUGCCUUUAAUAAUGACUUUGCUAUAGAAAGCCCGAGACACAGUGAAUAAUGAGUUAAGUGAGUCUAAAGAGGCUUUGCGUGAGCUUUUAAGUUCAAAGCAGUCCUAACAACAACUUUACAAAGGAACAAGUUGUGAUUGUAUAGUUUGAAAUAUAUAUUUAUUCGUUGCUCUUU